UCUCUCUCUCUCUCUCUCCACGUUUCUAGUUACUUCUCCAAGCGACUAUAAAAACCACAGCUUCGAGCGUCGGUCAUAUUCGAGAAGCUGUCUGUUUUUUCUGAAGCAAUGGCAGUGAUUUCGGAACUGCAAGACCAACAGCAACCCUCUUCUUCUGGAAGCAGCUCCUCUGCGGUGGGCCCGUACGACGAUGUGCUGAAACCGAUCCUCGACCGUCAAACUCCACUUGGAUUCCUCGAAGCAACAAUGGAUUUCCUCCGCCGGGAGUCCAAUCUAUUCGAUGACGAGGCCGUCGAGAAGAAGAUCUCGGCCAUCGUUUCCAAGUUGAGAGAGAGGGGCGCAGAGGAGAGGAGGAGGAAGAAGAAGGCCGAGGAGAAGGCUUUGGACGAUGGCGUAAAGGCAGAGAAGCGGCUUAAAGAUGCUGAUUCGAUGGAGGUAGAUUCUGUCGGGAAGGAGGAUAUUCCGAAGGAAACUACGACAGAGAAAUCGACAGAGGCGAACGGGAAGGAGAACGUUCGAACCCCCAACUCUGGAAAUGGCCUGGAUCUUGACAAGUAUUCUUGGACACAAACACUCCAAGAGACCACUGUUAAUGUUCCAGUUCCUCGGGGAACGAAGUCAAGGUUUAUCACUUGUGAAAUAAAGAAGAACCAUCUUAAGGUUGGAUUGAAGGGUCAGCCUCCUAUAAUUGAUGGGGAGCUUUUUCAGCCUGUCAAAGCAGAUGACUGUUUCUGGAGCAUAGAGGACGAGAAAUACAUUUCUAUCCUUUUGACAAAACAAAAUCAAAUGGAAUGGUGGAAAUGUUUGAUAAAAGGCGAUCCUGAGAUUGACACGCAGAAAGUAGAACCUGAGAACAGCAAGUUGUCCGACUUGGAUCCUGAAACUAGGCAAACAGUAGAAAAAAUGAUGUUUGACCAGAGACAAAAGGCCAUGGGUCUCCUGACAAGCGACGAGAUGCAAAAGAAUGAGAUUCUUAAGAAAUUCAUGGCUGAGCACCCGGAGAUGGAUUUCUCAAGAGCAAAAAUGGCAUGAGUUCUGUUUCAUUUUCAUUUUCCUUUUUUGGCUUAGGAAAAUAUAUGGAGAAAGAAAAACUGUGUAUAGU